AUGGAUAAGGAUGCACAUCAAACGCGGCACAUCGCCGCCAACCUUGAGCACGGUGCUGAUGGUAGCACAACUCUCCACACCAGUGUUCAACAUGAGCCUUUGCGUCACGACGAGGGGAAGAAAGUAAAUAAGGAUGUGAUCGCCAACCCAGCAGAAGUUCAAGACGUUGGCUGGGACGAUGAUCAGAUACGGCCCGAGGACUAUGCCAUCGAUGGCAUAAAGAACGAAGAUAUUUGGCUUCUCGUCCGAAGGUUCAACAAAUUGAACACCAUCGCCGAUGUCUUGACACAUUCAUUCGAGAAGCCUGGUAGCCAUACAGCACCUACUGCCCUGCAUCUGUGGAGCCAUCCUCUAAAACCUUCAGUGGUGAAGACGUGA